AUGUCGUCGCCAUCCCUUGACGUGGGCAAGGUCAAAGAUGAUGAACAGUUCAUAUCAUUCGGCUUCCACGGUCGCAUAUCGUAUGAUUUCGAACUUUUCCCGCCAUUCAAGCAUUUGGAUAUCGAGCGAAUCACCGUUGACAAGACAGCCUUAACCCCUCAACACCCGGGAUUUUCCACGUCCUCCACAAAUGAUUGCAAACAAGAAGAAACAGACCCGCUUCGGGGGCUAGAUUCUCUUCGUAAGAAUCCACCGACUGGAAAGAAAGGCCAGCAGCUUAUCCAAACUGUCCAACAGGGCACAAACGGGAAACUGAAAACGACCUGGGCAAGCCAGGGCAAACCAAACGCCAUAGCCCAGGAAAUAAUGAGAGAGUGGUCAGCCGGGCCUAAGGCUAUUCCAAAAGCUCCUCUUCCGACGCGGCUGCCGACACCAGAUUUAUCGAACUGCCGGCCAUGUUUGGGUUGA